UGCCGGACAAUCCUUCCAAAACAAAUCCUUGGGAGACGUAUGACAUUCGGUAGUCAUUUGCUGUUCACUGUUGAGAAACGCGGAUUUGUAAAGAAUCACGAAGUGUUUUUACGUGUACAAUUACACAUUGUUUUGGGUAAUUAGGUUGCUAGCUAUAUGACGAACAGCGCUGUCGCUUAAAAGCUAAAAUGGCUUAUUACUGUAUUGAUGUUCAGAAACAGUUGCACACUAUUUUGGAUACGUUGACAAAAGAUGCUGUGGCUGAGAUAGGCAAACUUAUUGAAGAUGGUUCCGCUGUUCUGCGUUUGGAAAUUAUUCAUAGUCAGAAAGAGAACGAAACGCUGAAGAUGAGAUUGCAGGAGAUGGAGAGUGAGUUGAAGACUGCUCGUGAGAACGGGCGGAAAAGAGACGAGUUUAAGGAUGUGUUUGCGACGAGGUACUGUUUACCCACGGAGGAGGAGGACCGACACUGUGUUGUGGCAGAGCAGCGCAGUGAACUCCUCUCUGAAUCAGUCAUUAAGAAGGAAAGACAGGAGGAUCAGGAGAACAGCCUGGGCGGUGAUUGGAGGGGGGACAUUUUAGAAGCUGAGAGGAGAGCUGGAGCUGAAUGGGACUCCAGGCUGAAUCGGGACUCGGAGGCUGAAGUCCAGCCCGGCCCGGUCGCAGCCCCAGAGCAGUUGGGCUGGGCGGAGCCAGACAUGCUGCAGGAGGACAGUGAGGAGGCCUAUGCAGAUUUCUGCUACGCUACCGAGGGGGGUGCGUUUCCUGUCCCAGAGGGGGGUGCGUUUCCUGUCCCAGAGGGGGGCGUGUCGGGGGCAGGGCCCUUUAAACAGGAAGCGGGCAUGCAGGUCGUGUGGCCUGAGGAGGCGGGGUCAGGAAUAGGCCCCUCCCAUCAGGGGGGGUACAGGGAGCAGGCGGAGAGCAGGGUGGGGGCUGGGAGGGCCCGUCCCGUGGUGCGCCAGCAGCAGCUGCUGAGGCCAUGCUUGGGGAGGGUGGGGUCCCUGACUCUGCAGAACUCCGCCGGAAAGCGCCAGAACUCCCCAGCAGACCGCUCACACGCCACAGAGAGACCGUUCCUCUGCUCCUACUGCGGGAAGGGCUGCUCCAGAAAGUACCAUCUGCAGAUUCACCUGAGGACUCACACUGGAGAGAGACCAUACCGCUGCAAAUACUGCGGGAAGGACUACAAGCAGCACAGUAAUCUUAUCAUUCACCUGAGGAGCCACACCGGAGAGAGACCGUACAGUUGUACUGAGUGUGGGAAGUGUUUCCAUCGUCUCGAUAUUCUUAAAACUCACCAGAGGAUUCACGCGCGGGUGCGAAAGUGUGUCUGACUGCUAAUGGUGAAGGCUUUGAUCAGAAAUGCCUGUUUGAAAGCCUCCAGCCGUCUCACUAUCUGACACUGCUGCGAGCAGACCACGUUCCAGUCUGUUUCACAGGUGGCUAAAAGGUCAUAUCACUACAACAGCAAAGCUUUGCAUUUUGCUUUUGUUUCAAAAUAAACAACGUAUUUAUCCAACCGUUGUUUCUGUCCUCACAUUGUGAUUGGCUGAGAGACAUUCAAAGGAGUGACAUUAUCUAAUGAUGGGUCACUCCUAACUCAGCAAAACCAAAUGGCUACAUUACAUUACAUUAAUGGCAUUUGGCAGAUGCUCUUAUCCAGAGCGACGUACAGUUGAUUAGACUAAGCAGGAGACAAUCCUCCCCUGGAGCAAUGCAGGGUUAAGGGCCUUGCUCAAGGGCCCAACGGCUGUGCGGAUCUUAUUGUGGCUACACCGGGGAUUGAACCACUGACCUUGUGGGUCCCAGUCAUGUACCUUAACCGGCCGCCCAUGUUUACGUACAGUUGAUUCAUUGUAUUAGAGAUAUAAACUAGUAACCUAGCAACACUUCAGAAGUGCUCCUUUCUGUCCUUAAAAUACAUAUUAAAACAAGUUUGAACCUGA